AAAGACAAUAAAGAAAUACAGAGAAUUUCCUCUCAAAUAAUUCUUUCAUGGUAUCAGAGCCAAAACCCUAGAGUUUUUCAGCGACUACUGUUCACGAUCGCCCGACAUGGCGUCCAUCGAUCGUUGCUCAGUUUCAGUUGUUUGUUGUUAUUGCUGAACAACGGAACGGUCGACCGUUGCUCUUGAACGGUCAAGCAUGUCGACCGUCUCGUCGGCAGAUUGUGUGAUAGAUGCUGCUGUUGAUUCUUCUGCCACCGCCGUACGCCACUCUGCUACCGUCAUGGCCGAUGAACAACCAAGGAAGAUGUUUUUCUCCCUAUCAUCGUGUGUUUCCAGUGUGAAGCUUUUAGGUGCAUCUCUUGAUACAGGAAGUACAAAUGAGGUUAGCUCUUAUGAUGAAGAUGAAGAACUGCAGACGGAAGAACGGAUGGACCGUUCCACGAGGGACAGUCGACCAGAGGAAAACGGUGGAGCAGACAGGCUACAGAUGGUCGACCGGAUGGACCGUUCGGUUGUCCACGGUCGACCGUCCGAGAGGCAGAAUGACGGGUUCCUGAGAGAUGACCAAACGGUCGACCUGGUGGACCGUUCUGAUAUCCACGGUCGACCUUCCGCGAGGCAGAAUGACGUUUCGUUGGGAGAUGAUCAAACGGUCGACCGUGAUGUGGAAGACGGUCGACCGUCUUCGAGGCAGAAAGUUAGCGAUCCAGAACAGCUUCAGACGGUCGACCCCGUGGACCGUUCCACGAACGCCGGUCAACCAUCCUUCCCAGCAGGCGGUGGAGAACUUGGGACGUGGUCAACGUGAGAAACGUCCAAAUGUACGCCUUGCCGAUUAUGUUACCCAUGUAACUGGUUCACAU